CUUUUGCACAACCAAAUCUACGAAGCCAUCUCGCUCGCUCUCUCUCUUUAAGUCGCCGUGAAAUCUACGGCCUGUGCUCUUUCCUUCGCUCUCCGACACUUUCCUCUUCACGAAGAUGGUGCCCGAGACAGCGAAAGAGCAAAACUCCUUCCCCGAGAAAUUCCUGGCCGUCUCCAGCAAGUCCCGCAAGAGGUUCCUGAUCGCGCAAGCCUCGCUCAGGGUCUCGGCCUUCGUCUCGGCGCUGAUCGCGCUCUCGGUGAUGCUCACGAGCAACGAGACCAUCGUCUUGUUCGGCAUCAAGUUCCGAGCUUACUACAGCUACGCUUCCGCUUUCAGGUUUUUGCUGGGUGCGGAUGCAGUAGUGUGUGGCUUCUCAUUGCUGUCGCUGAUUCUGCUUCGCCUCGUCAGUCGCUCAGGAUCGAAUCCCAGGAAUUGCUUCUUCCUGUUCUUGCACGAUUUGGCAAUGACGGUGCUGAUGAUAUCUGCAUGUGCGGCGGGGACCGCUAUCGGAUACGUGGGUCGUUACGGGGAGGAGAAAAUGGGUUGGGUUGCCCUUUGCAACAGAGUGACCAAGUUCUGCAACCAAGUGUUGGUCUCGGUUGUUUUCUCCUAUUUGGCCUUCUUCUGCUACCUGGCUAUUACCAUCAUAUCCGCCAGCAAGCUCCCGUCUCAUCCCCUUGAGUGACUUCAAAGAGUUUCGAUGUCGUUGCAGGUUUUGUCUGCCCUGUGUAGGCUUCUUCGACUAGAGAUCACAGUUUAGUUCGCCUUCUUUAGACGUGUAUAAAUAUUUUUGUUACUUGGAGAUGGAGGUGUUACCUA